AUGUCUGACCAGGCCGUCCAACCCACCCGCCGAAACCUUCGCAGCCAAGGCGAUGCGCCCUCGCAAGGUUCCGCCCCCGCCGACCAUAGCUCAUCUCCGCUAACUCCCCUUCUUCCUUCCGACCCUCAUGUUCCCCUUGUCGAUGGAGCUGCUCCCCACAGCCUCCAGUCCGAAGUCGGCAACAGGACGAGUCAGUCGGAUCCGCCUCUUUCCGUUCACCAUACCCCGCAGACUGCUCCCCAAGAUCUCGUCCACGGCACCCACUCCGCCGCGCCCACGGUUGACUUCCUUAUGCAACAAAACCGUUUCUUGAUGUCUUCGAUGGCCAACAUGCGCGACGAGAUACGCUCUCUUCGUCUCAGCCAGUCACGCGAGGCCACCCCAGUGUCCCCUCCUCCGCGUCACACUCAUGCACCCAAGCUCAAGCACGAGAUGUUCCCGAAGUUCCGCGGCCACGACGACGAAGACGUCGACACCUGGGUUACCUCUGUUACUGCCAUCUUCGAGUUCUCCGGCGCUGCCGACACAGAUUUGCUCCUCCUCCUGCCCGCCCUUCUCCAAGCCGUAUACUUCGAUGACAAGAGGUCCCUGCAACGCCACCUCUACCCCGCUGGCACCCCGGACGUCGACCGUAUCGACGACAUCAUCAACGGUCUCCCCGAGUCCAUGCAAAAGCUGGUGCGCAUCGACGCCCGGCUGUAUCCCAACCUCGAUGACUUCCGCCGAGCCCUCAUCGACGGCGAGCCCUCGAUGCGACCAGAGCUCUCCCGCCGCCGCCAGGAUAACGCUCCUCCACGUAACCGACACCAGCAACGCGACGACCAGACCCCCUCUUCUACUCAGUCGCCCCCGAAGACUCCGUGUCGUUUUUGUCAGGGUCCGCACUGGAAUCGAGACUGUCCCCAGCAAGCAGCUCCACCUGCCCGUCCCGCGCAGAGCAUGGCCCCGCCCGCUCAGCCGCCCUCGUCUGCCCCAGCAUAUGGCAACUUCCGUCUGGCUUCUCGUCCUGAAAACAAUGGGCCGUCCAGCUUCCGCCCUGCGUCCGCCUCCGCGAAUGGCACCCCUCUUGGUAACUCGCGACCUCCGGGAGCGUUUACCGUAUUCGUCAGGCCUUCUGCAGCCACGCAUCAGCACCCUUCCGACGCACAUGAAGCUGUUUACUCACCUCCUUCGUCCGACAACCAGACUCAUCGAGUCUCCCAUCCACAGGUUCCCCGAGCCUCCCCUCACCAGGCUCCACGAGUCUCCUCUCCCCUCGCGCUUCACGUGUCCACUCCGUCGACCGUCUCCGCGCCCAGCUCUCUUGUCGUCGAACCCAGCGAGACCGCUCCCGACACGGUAAUCCCUGACGAUGAGUCAGCCACAUCCGAACUCGUCGACGAACCACUUUUCCUCGGCCCCGACAUAGUCUCCACCGACGACGAUCGCGACAUUGACAUCCAACCACGUCGUGCCGAAACCUCCGAUCCUCUCGCAUCCUUUCCUCGCUUGUCCAUCAGCCGCGAGCCCACCGUCAGUCAUGACAAGUCUCCCGCAAUAGCGAAGGCCCAUUUCGCUACUGAUAUCGAAGGCUCUCCCCUUCGUGACAUCGUGAUCGAUUCCGGCGCGGCGAUUACGUUGAUGAACGAAGCCUACGCCAAUGAGCACCUGCCAACGCUCACCCGCCAUCGUCUCGAGAAGUUCCAACUCACCGGUCUCGGCGCCGCCGACUGCGCUUCCUUCCUCACGACCGACCUCCAUUUCCCAACGGCUGAAGGUGGCGAAGCUGUCAUCCCCGCAAACAACGAGGGCCGAAAACGAUAUACGGGGCGUCCAGGUGGUUAG